AUGAGUACAGCACAAAUAAGUAAACCUUGGUUCAAACAUUUCAAACAGAUCGAUGAUUGGCAAUACUUAAAAGUGGCAGUUUGGUCUGACGAAGAUUUAGACGUCAAGAUCACAGAGCUUUCUUUCCGCAUGAGUAUUCAACAAGCGCUUCAAAGUGUUUUUGGUGCAUCAGGCACAUCCUGUUAUAUCAACGUGUUGGAUUGGAAUCCUUAUAAAAACCAAGGAAUCAUCAAAGUGAAGCAGAGUGAGUUAGUCACUGUUUGGUCAGCUAUGUUAAACCAUCAAUUUUCGAUCAGUAGCAAAGUAUGCACAUUCGAUAUCCUAGCGUCAUCAGCACACCUUAUCAGUUUAGCUGGAUAA